GCCAGUCGCACACAUGUUGCACACUCUACCUUCCUUUUAAAUGGGCAUUUUAUUUCGUAAAAACACUUAUUUAAAGAGUUCAUAACCAUACCUGGGAGGCUACUGACAAGUCGUCCUAGCCGGAAUUAACCGGCACUUUUAGGUAAUGGCCAUGAUUUUCACAAGGAAAACGCUAAAGCUGCUCAAUUAUCGCCUGAGAUGCUUAAGUUCUUCAAGUUCCGGUCCGAAACGAAAAAUCCAGAGCAGUUCCGCCGGAGAAGCGCCCUCGGUGGAGGUGAACUUCAGCAAUGGACGUAACAUGACCUUCAGUUCCGGCCGCUUGGCGAGAUUCGCCAAUGGAGCAGCCGUUUGCCAAAUGGGCGACACCGCCGUGAUGGUCACCGCAGUGGCCAAAUCGAAGCCCAGUCCGGGCCAGGGAUUCAUGCCCUUGGUGGUGGACUACAGGCUGAAGAACGCCGCCUCCGGCAGGAUUCCCAUGAACUUUAUGCGUCGCGAACUGGGUCCCUCGGAGAAGGAGAUCCUGUCGGCUCGCCUGAUUGAUCGCUCACUGCGUCCACUGUUCCACAAGGAUUACCGCACGGAAACGCAGGUGGUGUGCAAUAUGCUAGCCAUGGAUGCGGUCCAUAAUCCCGAUGUCCUGGCCAUCAAUGCGGCCUCCAUGGCUCUGUCCUUGAGCGACAUUCCCUGGAACGGACCCAUAGGAGCAGUGCGCGUUGGCCUCUGCGAUGGCGAAGUGCUGAUUAAUCCAACCCGUCGGGAACUGCAGUCCUCGCAGCUCGAUUUGGUAGUCUCGGCCACCAAACAGAAUCUCGUGGUCAUGCUGGAGGGCAAGGGCAACGUGGUGCUGCAGCAGGACCUGCUCAAGGCCAUCAAACAAGGCACCCGGGAGGCUCAGUUCAUCAUCCACGAAAUCGAGCGGCUGCAGAAGGCCUACGGCAGGCAGAAACGAGAAGUGGAGCUGGCAGCGCAGGUGGAUCCCGAGCUGGAGCAGGCUGUGCGGAGCAUGUGCGAGAUGCGGCUGAGGGAGAUCUUCCAGGAUGCACAGCACGACAAGAUCUCGCGGGACAAUGCCGUCAACGAGGUGCGCUCCCACGUGAUCGACAAGGUGUGGAGCUCCUUCCCGGACACAGAACCCUCGCAAAUUGGCGAGCAGUUCAACGCGGCCAGCAGGGCCAUCUUUCGGGAGCUGAUCUUCGAGCGGGGACUGCGCUGCGAUGGACGGGACUACGACCAGUUAAGGAACAUCUCCUGUCAGGUGGACAUGUACAAGCCGCUCCACGGAUCAGCCCUGUUCCAGCGUGGCCAGACGCAGGUCUUCUGCACCGUGAGCUUGGAUUCGCCGGAAAGCGCCAUAAAACUGGACUCGCUGGCUGCCCUGGAAAGUGGUGGCCUCAAGGCCAAGAACUUUAUGCUCCACUACGAGUUUCCACCGUACGCCACGGGUGAGGUGGGUCGCAUUGGACCAGUGGGUCGCCGGGAACUCGGACAUGGAGCUUUGGCGGAACGAUCCCUGCUGCCCACUCUGCCCAACGAUUACCCCUUCACCGUGAGGCUCACCUCCGAAGUGCUCGAGUCCAAUGGCAGCAGCAGCAUGGCAAGCGUUUGUGGCGGAUCACUGGCCCUCAUGGACGCCGGGGUGCCAGUCAAUGCUCCGGCAGCGGGCGUGGCCAUUGGCCUGGUCACCAAGUUCGAGAACGAGGACACCAAGCACCUGCAAGACUACCGCAUCCUCACCGACAUCCUGGGCAUCGAGGACUACAUGGGCGACAUGGACAUGAAGGUUGCGGGUACGCGGAAGGGCUUUACCGCCAUUCAGGCGGAUCUCAAGAUUCCGGGCAUUCCCCUCAAGGUUGUGAUGGAAUCGCUGCAGAAGGCCACCGAAGCCAAGUCCAAGAUACUGGACAUUAUGGGGGAGGCUAUUAGGGAGCCGCGCAAAUACCCCAAGGAGAGCUGGCCAGUGAGCGAAACCCUAACGGUGGAGCCUCAGCAACGAGCUCAGCUGAUCGGUCCCAGUGGCCUACACAUGAAGCGCAUUUAUUUGGAGACGGGCGCAUCCCUUACAGCUGCCGAUGAGACACACUUCAACGUGUUUGCACCUUCCCAAGCGGCCAUGGACGAGGCCAAGGAGCUGAUCGAGGGCUACAUGGUGAAGGAGCGAGUGCCGGACCUGGAGUUCGGCGGAAUUUACACUGCCAAAAUCACAGAACUGCGGGACACCGGGGUUAUGGUCAUCUUGUACCCCAGUAUGCCACCCGCUCUGCUGCACAACUCACAGCUGGAUCAGCGCAAGAUUGCACAUCCAUCGGCUCUAAAGCUGGAAGUGGGUCAGGAGAUCCAGGUCAAGUACUUUGGCCGCGAUCCCGUCUCCGGCUUCAUGCGGCUCUCGCGGAAGGUUCUCCAAGGACCCGCCCUGGGAAUCCCGCGAUCGCUCAACAAAUCAGCCGGAGAGAACGGGGCGUGAGACAUGGAGACACCUGUACAGUUCUCUUUUGUUAUGUUUCCCCUGCGGGAAGACACUUUCAAAACAUGCAACUUUAUUGUAGUCUUAAUAUUUCGUGUUUAAAACUUGUACGUAUAUAAAAUAUGGAUGACCGUCCACUGUA